GCCUCUUGAGCCACCUCUGGAUCCAUCUCUGUUACAUAAAUUGAAAUUGAUUGUAACACCUCUGAAGCCUCUUUUGCGCAGGGUCUUUCGCCAUCUCUACUUGUCCAAAGCGUCCUCCUCUUGGAUCUCCUUUCAUUAAAAAGGGAUAACAGAAUAUUUGUUUACCAAUAAACUAAAAUGUCAACCUUGGGUUGGAGAAAACUGGGAAUGUAAAUAGAUGAGUAGCCAGAACCUGUAAAUGCUAUCCGGCAGCUACAGCUAGACAUGUGAAGCCUUGACAAUGCAGUCUGUUAAGUACAAACCUUCAUGAUUACUCAACACAUCGAUCAAUUGCUCUCAGUCAUUAGAAAGAUAUAUGUGAGCAUGUCAAGUGUUCCCCUCUAUUCCAUCUACCAGAGACACUAAAGCUACAAUCCCAGCAUGAACGUAUCCUUUUUAAUAGUCCCACACACAAGUAGGCCAUCUCCUCAAGCUCUGAGGCUACAAGAAAGUAUCACCCCUGCUGUCAUAUUCUUCCUAUCCAACA